GCCUGUGACGUGAGGUCCAGGGCGGUGGACAGCCCGCUGGGGAGGAUCGAGAUCGCGGGGUGUGAGCGGGGUCUGCACGAGGUCAGGCUGCGCGGCCGGAAGACCCCGGACGCCAGAGCAGCAAAUUGAGGGAAGGUACGGGCUUUUAUGACCCCCUCCCGUGCACAGCUCCCCCGAGCACACACUGAGUGGUACUGCUGCGGCCGUCGAGGAGCCCACACUGACCUGUCCUCCUUACGCAAAGCGCAUGGUUUACCUCAUGCUUGGGUCCUGGGGAAGGCAUCCGUUUCUCAAAUCACAUUCAGCUGUGAAUCUGAAACGCUGGCUCUGGCCUGCGGAGGCCCCCGUUCUUCCUGAGCUGCUUGGCCGUCCGGAGGAAAUGACGGAGCCCCUGAUGCAGUGUGCGGCCUGGCUGGACGCCUAUUUCCAUGAGCCCGCAGCCCUCCCACGCCUCCCCUUGCCUGCGAUUCACCAUCCCGUUCUCCAGCAAGAUUCAUUCACCGCACAGGUGUUGUGGAAGCUGCUGGAGGCCGUGAAAUUUGGAGACACAGUGUCGUACCAGCAGCUCGCAGCCCUGGCAGGAAACCCCAAAGCCGCGCGGGCAGUGGGCGGAGCCAUGAGGCGCAACCCUGUGCCCAUCCUCAUCCCGUGCCAUCGCGUGAUCUGCAGCAGCGGAGCCGUGGGCAACUACUCCGGAGGCCUGGCCACGAAGGAGUGGCUGCUGGCCCACGAGGGCCGCCUGGCGGGGAAGCCGACCAGUCCCGGGGGAUCCCUUCUGGCUGGUAUACGGCCCGGGGUUCGGGGUGGCCGGCACUGAGGGUUUGCAGGAGGCCGUGUGGGAGCGGCACGCGCUGGAAGCGGGCACGCGCUGGCACCGUUGUAUUAAAGCUCUGGACGUGUCCUGAGGGACGUGGA